CGAUACCAAGGCGCAAGAGCCGCUCUCGACGGGUCAGGGCUUGCGGGGAAGAUGGAACGUCCCACGUUGAGGCUGUCCACAGUGGAGACGGCGGACGGCGGAGGGGCCGGGCCAUACAACAGCUCCGAGGAGCGGGAGGGCCGGGAGCCGGACGGGGUGCGCUUCGACCGCGAGAGGGCGCGCCGCCUGUGGGAAGCCGUGUCCGGUGCCCAGCCGGUGGGGAGGGAGGAAGUGGAGCACAUGAUCCAGAAGAACCAAUGUCUCUUCACCAACACCCAGUGUAAGGUUUGCUGCGCCCUGCUCAUUUCUGAGUCCCAGAAGCUGGCACAUUACCAGAGCAAAAAACAUGCCAACAAAGUGAAGAGAUACCUAGCAAUUCAUGGAAUGGAGACAUUAAAGGGGGAAAUGAAGAGGCUAGACUCAGAUCAGAAGAGCAGCAGAAGCAAAGACAAGAACCAGUGCUGCCCCAUCUGUAACAUGACCUUUUCCUCUCCUGUUGUGGCCCAGUCACAUUACCUGGGGAAGACCCACGCAAAGAACUUAAAGCUGAAGCAGCAAUCCACUAAGGUGGAAGCUCUGUCGAAACGCCUUACAAAUCCUUUCCUUGUGGCCUUCACCUUAGCCUUGCACCAGAAUAGAGAGAUGAUAGACCCAGACAAGUUCUGCAGCCUCUGCCAUGCGACUUUCAACGACCCUGUCAUGGCUCAACAGCAUUAUGUGGGCAAGAAACACAGGAAACAGGAGACCAAGCUCAAACUCAUGGCACGUUAUGGGCGGCUGGCGGACCCUGCUGUCACUGACUUUUCAGCUGGGAAGGGCUAUCCCUGCAAGACGUGUAAGAUAGUGCUGAACUCCAUAGAACAGUACCAAGCUCACAUCAGCGGCUUCAAACACAAGAACCAGUCACCAAAAAUAAUGGCAUCAUCCCCGGGCCAGAUUCCCAUGCAAAGGCAACCUAUUCAGAAAGACUCAACCACUUUGGAAGACUAGAGAUGUUUCUACCCACUACCUCAUGUUGGACCAGCGUGAGCCAGCUUCCUGUGACUGGUUAGCCCUUGGCUCCCUCUUUCUGCUUUCUUAAACCAGGAGAAUACAUAGGCCUGAGGCAGGAUGGGGCCACAGACAGCCUCUGAUUGGUCCAGGCUAAUGCACUUCCUCCCUUUUGGUACACGCACUGUAGGUCAUGACAGGGGAGGUAAGGACUCUUGAGAGGACUGGGAAUAUUACAGGGUGGUAGUUUAAAGGAUGACUUUUCCCAUGGGUGGCGCCUGUGGCUCAAAGGAGUAGGGCACCGGCCCCAUAUGCCGGAGGUGGCAGGUUCAAACCCAGUCCCAGCCAAAAACUGCAAAAAAAAAAAAAAAAAAAGGAUGACUUUUCCCUUUCUUCAGUCCCUCUGGGCUGCAUGUGCUGAGGUCCCAGCACCUGUCUUUCCUCUGAGAGCCAGUUUUGGACCAGUUGCUGCAGCUAAAGAACAGAGCACUCCCCGGGCUGUAGGCAUCUCUGGUGAAACCCAGAACCUUCAUGCCAGACUUUGGCCAGGGCAGGAAACAGUAAGUGCAAGUGGUUGCCACAUGGCAAUUUGGAGCUGAUGUGACACUACCCCUCUCCCAAAAUAGUACAGACUUUCCUGAGCCUUGGACCAGGUAUUGGCCAAUUGUGCAGGUUUCUGCUGACUGUGAAGUCCCCUCCUGGAGCAAUGACACAGUCCUGGCAGAGGACUGCUGUCCUUCCUACCCCUUUUCCACAAUUCCCGAAUGGUGCUAAGGAUCUGCAGCACCUAGGAACAAGCUGGAACUGGAGGAGCCUCAGUGACUAGUAGGAUCAUAGGUAACUCCAGAUGAAUUGGAACCUUUCCACUUCUCCACCAGGGGUGCUCUGACCCAAGGUCAUGUGGGAAGUCCUCCACAUGCCGGUUUCCUGGAGGCUUCUGUGUGCCUAAAAGCAAACUGCCUCAUGCCAGCCAGCUAUAAGGUUCAUUGCCGCCCCUCAGCCCUACCAGUCCUCUCUUUCUCCUUGUGCAGCAAACCACCCUGCCCAGGUUGCUUUGGUGCUAGCCUUCCCCCAUCAUCCAUCAGAUGAUUUCUGGGUGCCGGGGACCUAGAUGGUAUCCCAGGGAAAGAAAUGGAGAGCUGAUGCAGGUUUCUACAGUAAGGAACCAGAUGUUCCCCAGGCCCCAAAUCUAGAUUUCUCUAACUCUGCUGCAUUUUACAGCCUAGGACUUCAUUGGGAGUAGAUUUUUUCUUGUAGCUUUUAUUCAAGAAUUCCAGGGAAUGUCACCAUCAGAGAGGCUCCUCUUCAUUGAGUCAAGCCCCUACCUGCUCUUGUGGCCACCUCUCCCCACUCCCUAUCCCUUCACCUGUGAAAUGCCUUUGCAUAUUGUGUGUAUGUGCGUGUGUGUGUGCGUGUGUAUGUGUGCUUAUGCUCCGUUUUGUGGUCACCGAAGGAUCCAAAUAAAGAAUUUCUA